GCGGUUGGUGUCAAGCCUCGACGACAACUUGCGACGCAAUUUCUCCUGUUGCACCUUUUCUUCGCUCUCAAGCUGUUUAGAUGGCGAAGAAAUUGGUGCACUGGGCUCUGGAGACCUUGGGAUCACCUUCUCUGCCCUCACUGAAGCUACCUGGCAACUACGAAGACGAAUCGUCGACCGAAUCCAGCGAGGAGAGCACCGCGACAUUACAAUAUGUGAAUUCACAGCUUUUGGCGCAUGGAUUUACCUACCAGCCUGGUCUAUCUUUGGAGGGGACAAGCAAGGAGGAGGCGGGGAAGGUCUUAAAGUGCUUGGUCUCGAUGCUGGGCCAGAGAAUGGGAGAUAUAACACGUACUGAAGAGCUCUCAACAACGAUACGAACAUUGUCCUACGACCACGAAAGGCUGCAGUCCAUGUACAGGACGGCAACAGAAAAGGCGGCCAAUGCAGAACGGGAGAUGAACGUUCAUAAAGCUCGCCUGGCUUCCACUACACGGACCCUGAAUACUACCACCGCCUCAUUCAAGUCCUCGCAAGCUGAGCUGCAACGCACGCGCACCGCCCUGCAAUCUGUACGUGCCACGCACCAAUCCGAACUCAAGAAGCUCGAGAAGGAAAAGGACAAGCUCUUGGAGAAGGUCACGAAGCUCUCUGAGCACCAGUAUGUCACCCGCGUCGCCGGCAUACGGUAUGCGAACGAAAACGCCGUCAGCCACUAUGGUGGGCCUACGACACUGGGCCCCAUACCACUCAACUCUUCAAGUACAGCCCCUCCAGGGCAAGGAACAGGCGACUUCCUUGAGGUUACGCUCGAAGAAUCCAUGCGCCAUCGUCAGGAACUUGCAGACGAGAACAGGGCUCUGAAAACCAUCCUCUUGCGCCUUGCUAAUGAAGUACAGAAUGUCGAAUUUCAGGCGCGAUGCGCCGUCGCGGACUUGCUGAGCAUCAGGAGGGAGAUGCAUGACAUAGAAGUUCCAGAGCCUGAGGUACUAACUUCUCUCGCCCUCUUCCCUCUCUCACCGCCGAUCCCAAGCACAGCAUCAUCCAUCGUGAACAUCUUGCUGGCUUCACUGCGCGACUCCUUACGAAGCUUGGCGGAUCCCGAGGGUCGCAUCACCGCUGAUGGAGGCCUUACCGCUACUGCAUUAGCUGCUAGCAGGAAGGUGGCAAUGGAAACUACGGAGUCGAACGAGACAAACGGGAUGGCUUUGCUCGGCAAGCAGUUGAGCGCCAAGGACAGGGAGCGCGAGCAGGAACGGCUGCGGCAUGAGGCGGAGAUGAAGAAGCAGGCUGGAGAGAUUGAGAAACUCAAGAGCGAACUCGAACAAGCACGGACGCAGGCGUCGGCAUAUGCUGCCCAGAUCCAGCUCACUGACCUCUCGAAGCAAGUCGAGGCGAUGAAGCGACCCUUUUCCAUCUACGGCUCGCAGCCAGACUCCGCUCCAAUCGCCGUGGUCGAGCCCAUGCCGAUGGAAGUCGACGCUGCGCCAUCUCAACCACACGCACCACCACAACCCGAGCCCCCAAAACAGACCAAACGCCAGCCUCCAAAACGGCCACCUCCGUCUGCGGCCGCGUCAUCUUCGAAGCAAGCCCUGGACAACCUCUUCCGUCCGCAGCCCGGAGCUGAGUCUGAGCCGACCAUUACUCCAUCGGGACACGACGACAACGACGUCUUUGCACACUUGCCACCGCCCUCUCCGGCGCUCUCCCACACUGAUGAACCCGUGCAGCGCCCCGCAAAGUCUGAGCCCGCGCCUGUCCGGCGCUCACCGCGAAAUCCGAAGCCGACGUCGCCCCUGCGCUUGGGUGCAAAAGCAGGUGCGAAGCGCAAAGCCUCGGACGCCGUGUCGCCAGAUGGCGAUGCGAAGACGAAGAGGGUGAAGGUCGAGCCACCGAAGAAGGAUGUCGUAACCGCCUCAGUGCGAAGCUUCGGCACUGGCGUAGUGGCAACAAGCUCGCCGAGGACGAGGGCAAGGGGCAAGGCUGCUGAGAAGGAGACGAGGCUUGUUGUGGCGAAGGGCAAGGGGAAAGAACGGGCUGUACCGCCGGUGAAAUCGUCUAAUGCAGCGAUACAGCGGAAGCCUGCAAGCAAGGCGUUCUAUGUCGAGGUACCGCCGUCUCCGAAGCCUCCGGCGCUGCCUGCUUUCGUUCUCCCACCACCAUCGCCCGCAUCUCGGCUGCCGUCAAUGCAGAUAUCUGCUGAAGCGGGCCCUUCGAAAGCAAGCAAAAAUGUACCAAGUACUGAUGAGAACCCUUUUGCACCGGCACCUCCAGCUGCUGCCCCUUCGGUCGUCGCUCAGCCUGUAUCUGCACCUGCGAUUCCGAUCGCCAGCAAGUCUGUCUCCACAACCACAACCUCAUCCGCACCAAGCGUGCCCUCUGUUCCCACAGUCCCCGCUGUCCCUCAAACGCCUUCGCGGCGUAUCUUCCCACCGAACAACACCGGCCGUCCACUCGCACCACACAUGACACACGCCUACUCGCCUGUGAAGCCAAGCCCGCUAAGUCGCAUCCUCAUGCUCGCGGAUUCGCCUGACUCGCCCGAGGAGCCGCCCAUCCCGAAACUUGGCGCGGUGCUAGAAGAAGCGGAGGACGAUAUGGACUUCGACGAUGACGAUGACGAGGACGAAGACAUGCGUGGCCCAGUGUCGCCAACGCCCGCGCGGCGGAACAUGAGGUUAGGCCUUGCCCAGGAGGCGGACGCGGACGGCGGGAUGGACGAGAACGAGGAGGUAGAGGCGAGUGACGCGGAGGAGGUGGAGGUUCUCAUCCGCAACAAGGCUAAAGGGAAGGAGCGCGCUGUCCACGUCUCGAAACCCGCUGCGCCCGCCCGGAUAGCUGUGAACGCAAAGCCGUCUGCGAGUCGUACGGCGGAGGCGGAUCCCAAGGGCAGGGUGAGACCGAGAACGAAACCGAAGCCCGCGUCGCCACGGGGGCUGCCCAAGGAGAAGGAGAACGUCCGCCGGAGCCCGCGAACACGCGCGAAGUUGGCGUCCCGCGUGCGGACGCGUUCUAGUAGCUCGGCCGAAGGCGAGGUCAGCAGGCGGUCCACCGUCAUCGGCGGCGGGAUCAAGAAGACGCGAGCGUCAAUCCGCACGACGAGCGCGAAGCCUGGACAGAGCAAGAGCACGACACCGGCGGUAGUGCCGCCGCUCGAGCUCGAAGAGCUUGAGCCCGCGCCGCCGAAGGCAGGGAAGAAACCGGAGAAGAUACGUGGGGGAGCGAGGAGGGUGCCUAUCGAUAGCUCGGAGGCAGCGCCGUCUGCACCCGCAUGGAGAGGCUGAGUUAUUUUAUACAUAUUUCUGUGCAAUAUCUCACUAUGUUUGGUUUCGGGGCAACACAAACUUCGUCCACUGAAGUCUUGAUUAAUUCAUGUAUAUUAGUAAUGGGUGCAUCUAUCGUGACUGCAGCAACCCGGGCGACGGUACGAGACUCCAGGCUCUCACUGACAAGGUAUACAAGUGCGAAUAUCAUCUCAGCGUCCGCGUAUUAUGCACCUUAUAAAACUCCUGUGGCUCUAGUACCAUCGUUACCCCGGGAACUCUAAGUUGUGUCCUCCUCGUGUACACUGUUUGCGUGCAUGCCCGUCGUGCCGAAGGGCAAUAUGAAGACAGUGCUUCUGAACUCCAUCGUUGUGGUGCCGCAGUUGCGUGACAGGUCCGUUGCAGUGCGAUGCAGAUUGAGCAUGAGACGGGACAUCAUCGUUGCAGAUAUGCUACGCAGCAGGAU